CGCCUUGAUGCUUCACAAAGGACAUCAAAAACAACACGCAGCGACCACUUUGGACUCAAGGUCUGGUGUCACUGGAGCGCCUCUCCGCGGGAGAACAGUCCGAGACUUGCAUCAUGCUGGACGGCAUAAAAAUUGAAGAUCACCCCCUGCGAUCGGGACAGGCCACGCUCGGAGUCAUGCUAGGGACUGAGUGUCAUCAUCCAUCCGUGUGUGAAGGAUGCCAGCGUCCCAUCUCCGACCGCUUCUUGAUGAGAGUCAACGAUUCCUCAUGGCACGAGGAGUGUUUGCAGUGCACCGUGUGUCAACAGCCUCUCACCACCAGCUGUUACUUCAGAGAAAGGAAACUUUACUGCAAACACGACUACCAACAGUUGUUUGCGACCAAGUGCAGCGGCUGCAUGGAGAAAAUCGCCCCCACAGAGUUUGUGAUGCGCGCCCUGGAGUGCGUCUACCACCUAAACUGCUUCUGCUGCUGCGUGUGCGACCGUCAGCUGAGGAAGGGCGACGAGUUUGUCCUGAAGGAGGGUCAGCUGCUGUGCAAGAUCGACUACGAGAGGGAGAAGGACUUACUCAGCUCGGUCAGCCCGGAUGACUCAGACUCAGAAAAAAGUGACGAUGAGGAGUUGGACAUCAAGCCAGAGAAAGGCAUAGGAGGCCAGGGGAAGGGGGAUGACGGGAAGGAUCCCAGGAGGCCCAAGAGACCACGAACCAUCCUGACCACUCAACAGAGACGCGCCUUCAAGGCCUCCUUUGAGGUGUCCUCGAAACCCUGCAGAAAGGUGAGGGAGACGCUGGCUGCGGAGACAGGACUCAGUGUUCGGGUGGUCCAGGUGUGGUUUCAGAACCAGAGAGCUAAGAUGAAGAAGUUGGCAAGAAGACAGCAGCAACAACAAGAACAACAGAAUUCUCAGAGACUUGGCCAAGAGGUGAUGUCCAAUCGGAUGGAGGGGAUGAUGAACUCCUUCACACCGCUGGCUCCGCCGCAGCAGCAGCUGGUCGCCAUGGAUCAGAACGGUUACAGCACAGACCCGUUCCAACAGGGGCUCACCCCCCCACAGAUGCCCGGGGACCACAUGAACCCAUAUGGUAAUGAUUCUGCAUUCCAUGACAUAGACAGUGACACGUCUUUAACCAGCCUCAGUGACUGCUUCAUGGCGUCGUCGGAAGUCAACUCCAUGCAGGCCCGCGUGGGGAACCCCAUCGACCGCCUCUACUCCAUGCAGAACUCUUACUUUGCAUCAUGAAAGAGAGGAGUGAGGAACAUCAGCACAGAAUAAACUGCCCAUCUCAACCUGAAGCGCGAUGGCCAGGAGUUUCAACACUAACACGGACACGACACAAGAAACACCUCACCUUGCUGUGGCUCCUGGUUAUGUGCGGAAGCUUACUCAAAGAUAGUUAAAACCACUUGUUGUAGGACAGUGAAGAUUCCUGGGGAAAAAGACUUAAAUAUUGUUAGAGAUUAUUUGGUCUGAUUGUUUAUCUGUCACAGGAGAUAUUCCUCCUUUUCUUUGUUCACUUAAAGAAAAACAAGUAGAUAUUGAAGCCACUGAUUAUUACACACUCGCAAACCAAAUAACAGUGAAUUUAUACAGUGCAUGAUCAAUUGUAAACUAAAACUUUUUGUAAGCCCCCCCUGGUUAAGAUGUGGUGUUUGGACUGUUUCUUCUUUACACUACAUGGAUUUCCAUGUUCACCGUUAGCAUUUUGAUCACUUUCAAUAGGUUUAGAUAUUGUGUUAAUAGUAAAUAGGUGCAGCAUGUCUGCAAGAGUGACUGUACAUUUGUGUAUGUAUGAGAGUUUGUGGUGAGAAAGAAUUGUUUAGAGGAGAAAAAAAAGAGGAGCAUUUUGGUGGACAAGUAGGAUCAGUGAAGUGUAAAUACUUUCCCCAGGCAAAUUGGAUGUGCAUGUUAAAAAUGGAAACAUUCUAUUUAUUUAACUAUAACAGGCUCUUGAAGGUACAUAUUAAAACUGAAAAAGCUUUAUUUAAAAAGGAGAGCAUUUUUUUGUUGAGCAAUUAGUGAGUUCAUGAGUAUCUCAACUCAUCUGUACGCCUUUUUAAUAUGAAGAUUAACCCUUUUGUUUUUGUUUUGUUUUUUUUGUUUUUUGUUUUUCUUCAGCCAAGCUGUAAAUGAGCAAUGUUGCUAUUUAUUUCGUACAGACCAUAAACCUUUUGUUGUCAUUGUCAUAUGUGCAUUCUCAAAAUGUUAAAGUUGCUAA